CAGCGCGCCUCCGCCGAACAACUCGCGCAGUCAGAUGCGACAAAGCCAACACAAGCACCACAAAACACGCCUGAAUCCCAUUUGGAUAUCCUUAUCAAACGUUUCGAAAGACGAUCACAGUACAGUCAAGAAAAUCGCGGGGAAAGAGCAUCAUGGCAGAAGGAUAUAAGUACGAGUACUUCAACGUGACCUUUCCAGCGGAAUACGUUGCCCAUGUCGAGAUCAACCGGCCAGAGAAGUUGAACGCAUUUGUCGAACAAAUGUGGCUCAACUUGUCUACCAUAGUCAAGCGCCUUUCUCAUGACUCGAAUAUCCGUGCUAUAAUACUGACUGGCUCUGGCGAUCGCGCGUUCACAGCAGGUCUGGACGUGACGGCAGCUUCUCAAGGCACCCUCUCACAGAAUAGUUCCGAUUCCGCUCGCACAGCAACUGCCCUUCGCAGACACAUCUUUGAGUUCCAAGACUGCAUAACAGCGCUGGAAAAGUGCGAAAAGCCUGUUAUCGCGGCGCUCCACGGUAUCUCCUACGGCUUGGCCCUCGAUCUUUCCCUCGCCUGUGACAUCCGGCUAUGCGCUGCAGAUACGCGUUUCUCCGUCAAAGAAGUCGACAUCGGACUCGCUGCUGACAUCGGCACGCUCUCCCGCUUGCCCAAGGCCGUCGGAAACUUUAGCUGGGUAAAGGACGUGUGCCUCUCAGCUCGCAUCUUCGGUAGCGCCGAGGCAGAGAAAGUCGGACUUGUUAGCGGGGUCUACGGCGGAAAAGCAGAGGUGGUAUCAGAGGGAUUGAAGCUCGCGAGCUUGAUCGCAAGCAAAAGUCCGGUUGCUGUACAGGGCACAAAAGAGAUCCUGAAUUACUCCCGCGACCGAAGUGUAGAGGAAGGUUUGAGGUACACCGCAGUUUGGAACCAGGCGAUGUUGCAGACGCAAGACGUGAAGGAUGCCAUGUUGAGUGGGCUGCAGAAGAAGACGCCUAAGUUUAGUAAGCUGUAGAUGUAGAAGAAACAUC